GGUCCCUUGCCGUCACACGUUUCACUUUUACAAGACAAACACGUUUUCCGAGAAUUAGAGGAUAUCGAUUGUGCUUUCGACUCUAAAAAUUUUGCUUUUGGCGGUUGCACGAUAUUUUUCGUCUGGGGAAUAAAAGACAGAGUAUUCACGUUGAAGAUGUCAGAUAUCCAGUCGUUUGCAGUGAUCUACCUUUUUCUGGCAGGCUUCUGUUGCAUUUCUAUGGGCGUCGAUCAGUGUAUCCCCGCCAAGGGCUACGAAGGAUGUGCAUGCUACAGAGAAACAGUCAACAAAACGAAAGAAUAUGUGAACCUUCUGCCACUGAAGACGGAUUCGUCAAUCCCAAGGUACGUUUCUUCAUCCGACUUGUGCAAUCUGCGCAGCGUUUUUGUCUCGAAAAGGGGAUAACGUGGGAAAGCGAUCAAAAGAUUCUUGAUUAGACUAGACUGAGAUCAGUUUUGACUUCUUACGGUUUCAGCACGUCCAAGGGCUUUUAAAUUUAGUCUAAUUGCUAAGCUGGUGUGAAGGAAAUUGAAGACAUUGAAGGUAAUUUUAUUAGCUAUGGGCAAGCUAGAAUGCAGAGCUAUUUCUGCAGAGAUCAGAUGCCCUGGGUGGGUCUCGGGGUGGGCCUUAGGAUAAACUCGAGGUGGGGAUGGGGGUCCUUCCUUUAUUUGGCCGAGGACGUGCUGCUAGACAGGCCUUGGCACGCUUUUAUUAAAAUUAAGCCUUAAUACAUCCUUACCCCCUUGAACGCUCAAAAAUGUUCACACACCCACUGGAAAUAUUUUUAUUUGUGAUAAAAGUGAACAGAGUGUUGGUUCAACCUACCUCAGAGAAAUGUUCUGGGCUUUGUUCAACUCCUGGAAUUUCGUCCGUUCUACGAGGGAUCUGUAGAUAUUCAGGUUUUUCUUCUCCGUUCGUUUAUUUACAAUCUACAGAUGUCUUAAUUCAGUGGACUCCUCGGCAUAUAUGGGCCUUUGCCGUCCAAGAGGGAAGACUGUUUGACUUAACAAUCCUAUUGAGGUGGAGAAGUUUCCUUAGCUUUUCGGUGCAUGUUGCUGUAAUUUAAGUUAGUUAGCUACUUGUUAAUAUUACUAAAUAAAUUGAUCCUUACGUAAACACCGCAGUAACUUGGUGAGAUCAUCUGACGUAUCUGUGUAAUUUUUUUUAGGUUUACAGUUAUGGACAAGGAUGGGUAUUACAUAUCUUACAGCCCAUGCGGAGUUUUUAGUGAAUUUGUUGGUGAAAACAUGACUGGUUAUUCACCCUGUAUAGAGGCCACCGUAAGUACGCCUGAAAUAUUUAAACAAGUGGUAUUACAAAUCCAAUUGAAACCUUGUUCGGGUCAGAGAGGGCAAAAAAAACCCACACUCUUGUAAAGCGGCACGUCCCUGAAUAGGCAUCCCUUGUUUACAUCGGAUACAACCCCUCCUCUACUAUUAAGUCCAUUCCAAGAGAGAAUGAGCUAAGAGAGCGAAUCCCUGUGCCCCAUAAUAAUUUUUUUAAAUCUAUUUAAAGUUUGCGUGCGUGCUGCGAAGGUUAUUUUUGUCUGUUGUUUCCGUCACCCGCGUGGUCUACUUUCACGUGAACGUGACAUGUUUCGCCGCCAAACAUUUUAAGUUUGACAGCCAUUACAGUAAUUAACGCUACUAAUCGGCUCCUGUUGUUGACAUGUUUUUGAUCAGCGCGUUCCGCUCAUAAUUAAGGAAUGAAUUUCAUUUACAAAGGGAUUGCAGUAUUGGAGUCAAAAUUUCACUUUGAGAUUAAAGAUUGAGAUUUUCUAACGGCUGGUAGCCUCAUUUAAAGUAACGAAUAUUGAAUUCUGACACACUGUGAAAGCCAAAGGCAAAGUUUAUCACGCGCGAAACACGAAACUGUUAAUAAGUGGCUGGCUUCAAUUGUUUAUAUUUUUUCUCUUUUUCCAGAAAAAAUUUUCUUUCAGAAACAGUACAUUUGCUUUUAAGGAUUAUUUUUGAGAGUUUCAAACUGCAUUACUUCUUCUAAUUAAACAUCUAAUACUUGCGAUGAAUAUUUCGCUGGGCGAACACAAAUCAGGUCAGACGCUUCAAGCUGUUAAACAGUCGCUAACCUGGAUGCCAGAGACUUUUGAUGCUCCGUUUCCGGUUUCGGUCAAUUCUUUAUAGUGAGUGGUUUGCCCACAUUUGUAUAGCGCCCUCUCAAAAUUUAAAUCUUUGGCGGCCAAACAUUCAUGUUUGAAUCCACUUUGAGCUUAUUUUCUCGUUACGUGUCCACCGUCAGAGGCGGAUCCAGGAUUUUUCGUAGGAGGGGGUGCACUACUAAGGAAUGGCGUAAUUGACUGGUGACGUAAACAAAUUUUAAUAGCGAAUACGAAGAAGAAGGCUUUCGACUAGGCAAUAACAUAAUGUGAACUGCUGAGAAUACAUAUCAAAUGAUAAAGCAGAUUUUGUAUAACUGUGAAGCAGACUGCACAGUUUUAAUUAGAAAGCCGCAGGUCAUUUCAGGGGAGGGGGGGUGCGCACCCCCUGCACCCUCCCCCUAGAUCCGCCCCUGACCGUUGAAUCCAAUAAAACGCCGGUAUCACAGCUCGCGGAUGUGCGUGGAUGUCGCCGGAAGAGACAGUUGUCGUUUUAAUACAAUAGGUUGUUGGUUGUUUAUAUACUGAUGUAGCGAAGACCCCAAUGAGCAGUUUUGGUCGAGUCGGAACCGCUUUCUCUGGUGAACUCCCAGAAGCCAGGACCGUUUUGCUCUUAGAAAUCUUUUUACCCGUCGUCAAAAGUAAUGCCAAGUUUGCACCUCAUAUCGCUUGCUGUGCGUGAUCGGCAGUGAAAUAAAUUACCCGCCAAGUUUACAAUUACAUAACGCCACUCUAACCGACCAAUAGGGUGGCGUCCUUAAAAUAACCACGCAGUAUGACACAGACCCAAGAAUAGAUUGAAAAUAAUUUUCAGGAGAAGGGGGUCAUGUAUGGGGGAUUCGCUCUCUUAGAUCAUUCUCUCUUGGUCCAUUCCCAGUUUUUUCCCAGUGUUUUCUCCUCGCCCCAUGUAAGAAAUCCAAGACAGUCUUGGAUUCUGGACUCCUUGCCGUGGAGUCCGGAUUCCAGGUACUGGAUUCCAGUCUAUGUCAGUGGACCUUAAUUAGAUUCCAGAUUCCAAUCGUUAAUGGGAUUCCGGAUUCCUUGAGCUUUAUUCGGGAUUCCAAAGCCCUGGAUCCCUGAUUCCACGACUUAAAUUUCCUGGAUUCCGGAUUGCACAAGAAAAAAUUUCCCGAAUUCCGGAAUCUCUUUAUGGGGCGAUUUCACCAUCUAGCCGGGAAGUCAGGAAGCGCAUUCGAUGCUAAACGAAAACAAUUAAGGGGACGAUGGCCUUAGCUCUAACAAUGAAAACAAGCUUAAUAGUAUAAAAAACAAAAAUAGAACAUCUGGAGAAUCUGUUUGGCUAUUUGGGUGCCCCAAAGUAACAUUUGUCUCCUCAACCGCACAUUUCGUAGGUUGCAAGAUGGACAAACAUAUCCGUCCACAGAUGUGAAAGCCUGGGUGAAGAUGCAAAUGCAACAUUUGUGAGUACUGUCGAUGGAGAUGAUGGAGGAUUUAUCACAUCAAACCUCACUUUAAAAUUUAGGUAUUAAAUUGAGUUUAAAUUCUGUGGUACUUUGUUUAAAAAAUAGGUUGGUCUUUUUCCUAUUACAGUCGACUCCCGAUAAUUCGAACCUUCAAGGGAAAUAGAAAAAAGUUCGAGUUAUCGAGGGUAAAAUUAUAUAGAAAAUGAUCUGAAGGGAAAUGAAAAUUGCUUCGAGUUAGCGGGAGGUUCGAGUUACAGAGGGUUCGAGUUACCAAGAGUCGACUGUACUAGUCUCGACCACCAUAUCCAAAAUAUCGUAAUGUUGGUGAUGGUGGUGCUGUCCCACCCAAAUCCUCGGGAGUACCAGCUAGUAACCGUUAUUCCAAUGUGGACCUUCUCCACUUGCUUAUUCUCCUGCUAAUAUCAUGUGGAGUUACCAUUUCUUUCGUCUCACGUGAGGACAUGGAGGGUAAUGGAAUAGAAAUGACGAAAUGUUCCAAGUUGUUUCAUCCCUUUUGGGGGUGAAAUAAGGAAAUAUCGAAAAUUAUUGAGAAAUUCCCAUUAAAUAGAUAACCGGAGCUGCAAUAAGAGAGAAAAAUUGCAACGAAAUCGCACAAAAAUCGCCCGUGUUAACGACGAUUACAAUUUAAUCAAUUUAUUGACACACUUUAUAAUUUUUGAUUUUCAGGAGUGGAGAAAAGGAACAUCAUUCAGCCAUCAUUUCAUUAGUUUGCAACGACACUUUGCCUGAAAGCAAAAGCUACUUUCGAUACAUCAACACAUCGAAUAUGCCAACUGACACCUAUGUAUGUAUACAGAUUUGAGUACUUACUUUACCGUGACAGUUCCCACCGUAGAAUUUUUAUGAAUUUCGUGACACAGCUCCUUUAAUGUGACUGAUAUGAACAUACCCUGAUGUGAGUGAUGUGACGGCCGGAGUCACGCAAGCUCCCUGUCCGAGCUUGCACGACUUCGGCCCAAGCGGCUGUGUAGGAGACUAGUGACUGGGGAGGGGAUUGUAUCUAGAGUGGACUAGAGGGUGGACUUGGGGGCACGAAAAGUAGCCUCCCAUACUGACGCUCUUAAGGGUUCGUCACGCGUUCCUGUCCCACGUUGGGCAGAAUUGCGUGACGAGCCAAAAGAACGUCUGCGCGAGAGGCUACACCAAAAGAAGCCCCCUUUUCACCGCAAAUACAUAGAGUCAAACGUCCCUUGGUUGUCCCCAGACGUUUUUAUUUUCUUGUCCACAGUAUCUUGAAUUAACAAGCAAAUGUUGCUGUCCAGGAAAAUGUGGGUCUCCUCCAGGUAUGAAUGUAGUUUAUCAACAAAUAAAGUUAUUCACAUUCAAGGGAGUGGGGGUCAUUGCAGAUGUCACUAUGACAGCCUCCAUGUAGAACAGCUGCCAUGUUUUUCACGUUUUUCAGGCAAGCAUGAAGAGGUUGUAGAGCGCGAGACACGCGCCUUCCCCGUCGCGCGUGACUCGCUCUCCACGUGUGCUUCGCGCUCGCCUGAAAACACGCAAAAAUAGCCCCUAUUCUGUAGGCUAUUGCCAUAAGGGCUUGCCAACUUUUAAGAUAAAAAUGAAACAAACCAAAGGUACAAUGUCCCCUCUUUCCAGAAAGAUAAUAGACGUAGACUAAGGAGCCGCUACACUAACGCAAGCAUACAAGGCCUGCUUCCUUUUUAAAACUUGGGGAGACUUCUUUAGUGUGACAAAUCGAAGCCGUGUAGAAAACCACAAUUAACUAGCCCUGGGUACUACAGUUCACCACAGCUGUUACAAUUACAAUUGGUACAUUUACUGCAAUUCACCAUUUUCACACUGCCCAUAAUAAACCCCCCGUCUAAGCACCAAUCUGGGUUCCGCGCGCUUCAUUCAACAGUUGCAGCCUUAUUGGAGGCAACUGAUAGUUGGGACUAUAAUAUUGAUAUAGGUAACGUUGUCGCUGUUGUUUUUCUUGACCUUAAGAAGGCGUUUGACACAGUCGACCACCAAAUUCUAUUGUGUAAGAUUAUGCACGUCAAAUCUUGAAAUUUCAAGAUUUUGCAUGUCAAAAAUUUCAAUAUUUUGCAUGCCAAAGAUUGAAAUUUCAAGAUUGAGCAUGUCAAAUAUUGAAAUUUCAAGAUUUUGCAUAUCAAAUCUUGAAAUUUCGACAUUCUGUAUGUCAAAAAUGUCAAUAUUUUGCUCGCCAAAUAUUGGAAUUUCAGGAUUCUGCGUGCCUGAUACUGAAAUUUCAAUAUUCUGCAUGCCAAAAAUUUCAAUAUUUUGCUUGCUAAUCUUGAAAUUUCCAUAUUCUGCAGGCCAAAUAUUGAAAUUUCAAUGUUCUGCAUGCCAAAAAUUUCAAUAUUUUGCAUGCCAAAUCUUGAAAUUUCAAUAUUUCUGCAUGGCAAAUAUUGAAAUUUCAAUAUUUCUGCAUGUCAUAUCUUGAAAAUUCAAGGACUUUUCAAGAUUGUGCGAACCCUACUUGAGCUGUUUCCAGAUUCUAAAGCCGAGGACUCCUGAUUACACAAACAAAAUUUACUCGAUUCAAGAAUCUCUUUACUGUAGCCAAGCUACCUUUUCAACUCAAUUACUAAAACCAAAUCUUUGUAUCUUACACCCUUUAUUCAUCCGUAAGCUUACAGGAUUCACCAUUAAGACUCGGUCUUGACCAAUCACAUUUUGACUAUUGCAGCGGGGUAACUGUGGUAAAACUUUGCGUGAUAAAUUGCAGCGACUCCAGAACCGUGCGGCACGCAUUCUCACAAACUCCAAUUAUGAUGCAGAUGCGAGUAUACUUCUAAAUGACUUGGGCUGGCAAAACCUUCAAACUCAGCGGCAAAUUCAGACGGCUGUCAUGGUGUAUAAAUGUUUGAAUUGACUUGCAUCUCAUAACAUGUCUUCAAAAUUCAUACUACGCAGCGAUUUGUUUAAUCCUUAUAACCUUAGAGAUUGUAAAAAUAAGUAUGCUGUUCCCUUGCCACGACCAAAGUAAUAUAGAAAUAGCUUCUGCUACGGCGGGGCUGUUCAGUGGAACAAUUUGCCCACUGAUGUUAGACAAGCGAGAUCUUUGAGUUGCUUUCGUAAUCUGUUAACUUCUAGCUCGAACACAGCAUUCAUGGAAAACAGGCUUUAAUUUUAUAAUUAAUUUUAUUUAUUUAAACACUCAUCUUUUGUUAGUGCUAUUACUGUUAAUUCAAUAGUUUGUAACUUUUUUUAGGAUAUUGUAUAUUUGCCUGAUGUUUUUACCCUUUUAUAAAUAAAAGUGAUGAUGACGAUGAUGAUGAUGAUGACGAUGUCUUCAAUUUCUUUUGGGACGACUUUCAAUAGAAAAGAGAAAUUGGAAAGAACGAUCAUGCAUUUUAUUUUUUUGGCGGGGGGAGGGGGGUAAACGGGGUGCAUUAUGGGAAAUGCGAAAUGGUGAAUUACUACAGUUAUGACAAGGAACAGUUACCAAAAGUUGUCAAUAUUAUCCACAAUUAUACCUCAUUAACUUCUUUGAUAUUAUUUGUUUUUAGAGCCACCUCCAUCACAGUCAACAGGACCUUCCUCAGCCCCGCCUACAGGUUUGCCUUUCUUGGAACUUGUUUCUCGGUUACCCGUCGCUCCAAAACAAUUACGAUAUUCAUAUAUAUUUUUUAAAUUUCUCUUUCAAGGACACUCGACUGUGGUUUCUUCAAGCGUCCUAAAAACCUUUGAAAUGGGCCUGCUAACGCUUGUUGCUGGAAAUGUGUAUACGGCGAACACCUGA